AUGUUAGAAAGACUGUAUAGCAAAAGAACACCUAUUAUGAAUGUUUUCGCAGAUCGUACCGUAACAGCCGUCAGUGUUACUCGUAAACUAGAGAUUUCAGAAUGUGAAUGGUCAAUAAUUGAACAAUUAAUAGUACUUCUGAAACCACUUCAAGCACUUACUAAAUUAUUUUGCGGAGAAUUAGGGUCUUCUUUUUCAAUGGUACGACCAUUAGUGCAAACAAUUUUAACUUCUCAUUAUCAAUAUAAUGUUGAAGACGAUAAUUUGUCAAAAAAUUUAAGGAUACAAUUGCAUAUCAAUUAACUACCCGUAUUGAACUGCAAUGGAAGGAUAUUGUAAUUGCAAGACACAUUGCUUCCUUUCUUGAUCCCAAGUAUAAAAACAUAGAUCAUGAACCUUCACAGGUUAGAGAGAUAAUUCGAUCACAUGUCUUGCGGUUUAUUGAAUCAAUAGCUCUAAACAUUUCUCAAAAUAUGUAUGAAGAAGAAUAA